AACAGAACACCAUGACUACUGCAGCAAACAAGCUUUAGAAGGCUCUUUGUAUAACCUCACAUACAUAUAUAGUGUAGAGAAAUAUAGACAGUGGGGAAACACUGCAGGCAGCUUAUGUGUUUUCUUCAAGGAAGCUUUUAUAGGAGCAAAUGCUGGAAAUUUAGAGCAUCUGGUGAUGCCAGUGAUCCAGAAGCCAGAAGCCAAAAUGUUCUUUGAAAGUGCCAACCUGCAACGCCCACGUCACCACCAUGAAUUCUUUCUGCGCAGUCGACCCUACAGGGGAGAACCGCCGACAGUAGCAGGAUUCCUCCUUUACCCGGACACACCUGCAAAGAUGGAGACGACAUCACGAGAGGCUUUCUGCUUCAGGCCCAUCCCACAUCAAGACACAGGCAAAGGAAGCCCUGACACACAGCAGGGAUCCCACCCUUCUCCUCUCGCAUCCUCAAGAAAAAUAGUAAGAGGAAACAAGGACAGAGAAGUGAGAGGCAAUGAGCAAGAAGGCAACCGUGAUCACACGACACCAACAGCACUGAAAAACGAACAGGAAACAUGCGAGAUGCAGUCUCAGUAUCAGAAAGACUUCCCUCCUCCAUCCUGUUGCCUCAGGAGGCGAACACCCGCUUUCCCGCAGCCUGACAACAUCGGCAUCAACCCUGCGUUCAGGAUUGACUUCAGCACAGUCCAGAGAGAGACUUACCCAGGCUGGCCCAUCAUGACUCCCAGGUACGGUGGCAGGCCGAGAGCAGCCUCAUGCGGACAACCAAACAUAACUUCUCAGUGGUAGUGGAAUUUGUCUUAUAUGUUUGCAUGCAUGCAUAAUUAAUAAUAAAUGUCAAAAAGUCA